GAGUGCAUUUCUAUUGUCGGGGUAGGUUAGGUAGAGGUGUACCCUCGACCGAAUGCAGUUGCACCCUGCACCGGCGAGGCGGUGAUUGACACACGCGUGUAGCAGGCACGGGGGGCCGCCAGUCGAGCGCCCGCCGCCGCACCGACCGCGCGCACGCAACGCAAACGAAACCGGCCCGGAUGACCGAGAACCAGUCGGCAUGGCGAGGGCCGUGAGAGCGCCAUGUUGAAGCAUGCGCAGCGGCCGCCGGCGGCGAACGAUGCCGACCACCGCUACCAGAACAUGCCACGGCGGCCGCACCACCACCUGCCCCUCAACGUGUCGACCCUAGACUCCUCGAAGCACUCCGUCGGCGGGACCUCGGCCAGCGUCAGCCCCGGCGCGCAGCCGCCGGCGCCGGCGCCGGUGCCGGUCGUGGCGCCGAUCCCGGUCGCGUCGCCCCCCAAGAUUGCCAAUGGAACCGCUCCCGGGCUGCCGGCCAGCCGCCCGGCGCCCGCGCGGAGUCGGAGCACGCGCGCCGCCACGGAGGAGGCACUGACUUCGCUCGCUCUGCUGUGCCUCGUCAGCCUCCUCCUGGCACUCCUGGCGCUCCUGUUCCUCCUCAAGAUCUCCGCGCCCGCCACGACGGCUCCCGAGGAGUUCGCUGUAGUGUACGAAGUGACGUUAGCAUUGUGUGCGUUGACGCUCUCGCUGAACUUAUGCUGUCUUCUCGUGUGUGCGAUACAGUUCCUGUUCGCCGUGAAGUUGGUGCACUCCCCGUCAGCGCCGAACGGACGAUCAAACAAAUACCUCCAGAAGUCAGCGAUCACCCGCGUGUGCGCCGUCGGAGGCUUCUUUAUAUCAAUACCAGUAUUUUUAACAGGCAUAAUCCUGUACACCUUCAUCCAGUUCCACUCAACGCCGGCGAUCGUGACGUCAGUGUUUAUCGGAGUGGGAAUAGUCUUCUGCGGCUGCGCGAUGGUGCACAACGUGUUCGUGUGGCAGAAAGAGAAGACGAACCUAGUCAAAGCUCUUCGCACGCAAGAGCUGGCUGCCGCGCCGAACCUCAACACGUCGAAUGGCGUGUUACUGGGCAACGGACAUCUGAACAACACUGGGCUUGGCAAUCUGAGCUUCCACAGCAUGGCUGGGGCGCCGUAUACGCAUCCUAUAACGCUGCUGCAGCAAGGAGGGCCUUAUAUUAUUAGGCCACCAACCAGCACGCCGCCGGGCGAAGGCGCCGCCACCCCAGGUGUGCCGCCCGCCACCAUUGACCUCAGCCACGACACGCAUGAACUCAGCACGCUAGUGUGAACUCUAUUACUAACGGAAUAGAACCUACGCUGUGCGCAAAAACUAACGUUGCAACAAUGGGACUUAGCGCGUUGAAUUCGGCACGCUAGAGUGAAAUUUACUGCAGCGGAAUAGAAACUACGUUGAGCGCAAAUACAAACGUUGCUUCGACCGAAAAGUACUUCUUUUAGCGCGUUAUGUUGUGACCUUUAUUGUUAAACGUAUAAAACCUACGCUGUGCGCAAAUACCAACGUUGCUUUCGAACCACAGUGUUUUACUAGCGCGUUAAUAUGACCUUUACUGCAAACGGAAUUGUGAACUCGCUGUGCGCAAAAAAAACUGCAUCUAAACCAAACCGCGGUAUUCAGGUAAAACUUCGAAAUAUAAAUGUCAGCUGCAAAAUGCACCUUAUUAGAACCAAUUAAAGCAUAUGACAGAGUGUUAGGACCACUUUACGAAAGUAUUGUAUGUCCUUUCCCGGGACUUAAACUAUCUCUACACGAAAAUUCGUCAAAAUCGGUUAAGUGGUUUAGGAGUAAAAGCCUAACAGACAGACAUGCAGAGUUACUUUCGCAUUUAUAAUAUUAAAAAUUAAAAAAAAAGCCUUUUCAAAUUGGUUCACAUGUUAUUAACUUUUUGACAGCGAUAAUGACAGUAAAGUAACCUUUAUCGACAUAUGCUCGGGCAGUUAAAUAUAGCUCUAAUUCUAUGGAAAUUAAGUCAAAAUUUGACUGUCCGCUAGCAAAACGAAUCGUUUAUGAAUAAGCAAACGAGAAGAAAACUUUAAAUUGUAUGAUUUUCAAAUGAAGCAUACUUUUUGCACCGACAUGUUCAAAAUUGGACUUUAACGAUUAGGCACAUACGGUUUAUAUGAUACGAGAUACUGUAGUAACUUCUGCAAUGCAUAGCUGACGGUGUUUUCCAUUGUUUUGUACAAACUAUACAAACACUAUGAAAAACUGUGUCGGCUAAGUAAGCUAAACGACUUUCCCUUUCACUUGCUCGCACACCUUUGGGGCCAUCCAUAAAGUACGUCACACGAAUUUCAUGAUUUUUUGAGCCCCCCCCCGUCCUUGUCACAGG